AUGUUCAUUGAAAAUUCAGAAUCCCCAAUUCGAGAAAUACCUUUUCCAUCGAUCACGGUUUGUCCAUCGAGUCAAGUUCGAAAAUCCAUUUGGGAUAAAUAUAUGGACACGAACAGCUCGUACUGGGAUGACCUUCAACUAUAUAGAGAUGUAAUGGCAUGCUCUACAAAUACGUAUUUUCAUAGUGAUUUGGAAAAAGGUUUAAACGAAUAUAUUGACUACGAUCUGAUAAAGAAUCUUUUGCAUGAUUGUAGAAUUAGCUGUUCUGAAAUAUUUCAGUCUGAUGGUAAAUGGCAGAAUAAAACGUUGAAAAAUGUUUGCCAAUAUAUUCAACCAACAAUACUUGGCAUAUUUGGAUUAUGUUAUACAAUUAACAUGAUGCCAUUAAAUCAAAUGUUUAACGAUGAAUAUUAUCAUAGGUCGAAUUGGAAUUUAGAAGAUGGAUACUUAUUUUAUGCGAACCAACCAAAUCUCAUGGACAUGAUUCCCUCUCGAACGAGUGGCGUUAGUUAUAGCCAUCGUGUAAAAUUAAUGCUACACUCUUUAGAAGACGAUUUUAUAAGUUGUGCUAACCUGGGAAUUAAAGGCGGUAGUUUUUUGAUUACAUUUUCUAAUCCGGCAGAAUAUUGUUCAGUCAGUCCUAGAGUAUAUAUUCUACCAGAAAAAUACACGAAAAUACAAAUCACUCCAUUCGUGAAAAAAAUUAAUUCGGAUUUAAUGUGGCGUUCACUGGAAAUUAGACAAUGUUAUUUGCACAACGAAAGAAAGCUAUCCAUUUUUCAACAGUACACCGAGUUAAAUUGUAACCACGAAUGUGAAAUAAACAAAACUAUAUCCAUGUGUGGCUGUGUAAUGAUCGAGGAAACUUGUAAUAAUUAUUUUAUUUUAAUUUAUACUCAAUAA